UUUGUCGUCGGUCGCGUUACAAGAUCAGUACCUAAUACAUAUGCCUAGUAUGGUACGCACUGACACGACCGCGUAGUAUGUGUACACCUUUACAGUUACAGAUUUCAGUUUACUAAAUAACAACCGCAGAUUCCGCCUAUACACUUUUACUUACAUACACACAUAAACACUCAUACGACACAUGUAUACUUGGGUACUUGCUGCUGCUGACUGCACGAUAAUCGCAGCAUUAGUGAGAGCAUGUAAAACACAGACAAUAUGAAAUAGAAACAACCAUCAAACAUGAUAACUUCCAGACUAAAGUUUCGACAAGUACAGAGUGUUAAAAUGUUUUUCAAGUACUAAUAUGCAGAAAUUCGUUGAAUCAUCAGAAGACUAAUGAGUUUUAUCGUAAAAUAGAUUUCGCUUGUACACAUCUCACCAGAAAUUCAGAAACUGGUGAAAAUGCUUCAACGUUCAUACAGUUUUUUCAGUAUCAUUUAUCACAAUGUUGAUAUUCAUUGUAAAAAGCGACUUUGCCAAUAUCACUUGGAGCUCUCUAAAAGAUGCACAAGUACUUUUGUGAGGAAAAAAUCAUCAUCGAUUCCAUCAAAGCUUUGUAAAAAAAACCUCAACAAAUAUGGUGACGCGAGGUGGAUUUGCGUCAACUCACAGUUGGCCAAGUCUGCUAAUAACAUCAAAAACAAAACCGACGAAUCACAAAUAUCUAAAAAAAAAGAAGAUACUGAUAAAUCAGAAUUAAUCCAAAAAGUAGUUCAAUUAAAAGAAGAAAAUUUAGGUAAAUUAAAAGAACGUGAUCUUAAUAUAGAAGCUGUAGCUAUUACUAAUGAAGAAUCCUCAAAACAUAAAGAAGUUAAAUUAAAUAAACAAGACAAAGCAUUGAAGAGUGAAGAAGCAACUGUGAUAGAUGAACCAGUAGUUGUUCCGUCAACAGCCACCACAACAAAAGCUCCUCAGAAAAAAAGAAUCAGGGUUGAUUUAACUGCAUCGUCUCUGGAACGAAACUUUAUAACACCAAUAAGAGCAAUGUCUGAUUUUUUACUCAAACCAGGUGACCUUGAAUCAUUACCAAAAACAAAAAGAAGAUCUCCUUAUGAAUUUGAACCACCAAUUACAGUAUACUGGAGGAAAGAUGUUGAAGCAAAGGCACUGGAAGUUUGGGGAUCUAAAGAAUUACUGUGGAAAGAAUUGCUUAAGAAGGAUAUAGAAAGAAAGACUUAUCAACAAAAUGUAUUCACGGUGAAGAAACGCUUGAGAGAUUAUAGAAGAGAAGUUGGAAGUUUAUCUCAAAAUUAUGAAAAAGAAGGACUCUUUGGUAGAUCUGGAAAAGUUGUUUUAAUUGCUGUAGUCAUAAAUGGGAGUAAUUUCCUUUUCAAACUCAUGGCAUGGAUUUUCACUGGAUCCCACAGCAUGUUUUCAGAAUGUAUUCAUUCAUUAGCUGACACCAUUAAUCAACUAAUUUUAGCUUAUGGCAUACAUAAAUCUGUUCAGACUCCUGACUCUGAUCAUCCAUAUGGUUACACAAAUAUGAAAUAUGUUUCAUCUCUGAUAUCAGGAGUGGGUAUUUUUUGUGUAGGGACAGGUUUAUCUAUAUACCAUGGAAUACAUGGUAUUAUGUUUCCUGAACCUGUUGAUUCAUUUUAUUGGGCAUAUGUUGUGCUGGGAGGUUCAUUAGUAUCAGAAGGAGCCACAUUAAUGGUUGCUAUCAAUUCUAUUAAAAAAGGUGCAAUAGAAAAAAAGAAAAGUUUAAAAGAAUAUGUAAUGACUGGUCAAGAUCCAUCUGUUAAUGUUGUAUUAAUGGAAGAUUUAGCGGCUGUGUUAGGAGUAAUGUGUGCUGCAGGCUGUAUGGGUUUGACCUCCUUCUUGGGUAACCCCAUCUUUGAUGCUAUAGGUUCUUUAGUUGUGGGUGGUCUUUUGGGAGGUGUAGCAUCAUUCAUCAUAUACACAAACGUGGCUGCUCUGGUGGGUCAAAGUAUACCUCAAGAAAGUCUUGAUAAAAUAAAUUCUGAACUGGAGUCCGACAUUAUGGUCAGAGCUAUCCAUGAUGUCAAAGGUAUUGAUAUGGGCAACAGUCUUGUCAGAUACAAAGCUGAACUCGACUUCGAUGGCCGAGAACUGACCCGUUCCUAUUUAGAUAAACAUGAUUUGAACACGAUGCUUGAUGAAGUAAAGAAAAUGCAGAAUAUCGACGAACUUGAAUCAUUUCUUUUAAAGCACGGUGAGAAUAUUGUUGACAUGCUUGGAGGAGAAAUUGACAGAAUAGAAUUGAAAUUAAAAAAAAAGCAUCCUGAAAUCCGGCACUGUGACUUAGAAAUUUUGUAAAAUUGUAACGUAUUUCAAAUUAAUACGACUGCUUCGAUUUUAAAAAACUGUAUGCUAAU